AUGAAGUAAAGUAAAGUGGCCUUGAUAUAACAUCUGAUUUAUUCCUGUAAAAAGCAAAGUGUACUUAAUUAUUCUAUAAUAUAUUAUUUAGAAAAUUAAACUCCGGAAAAUAAAUAUAUUUUUAAUUAACUUAAAAAAUCAUCGGUGACAGUAACGGUAAUUUUAAAAAUACUAUUAAGAUUCAAACCCAUCACUAGUUUGAUAUAAUUCAUUAUUUUAAAAAUCCAUUUAAACGAUAAUGUUUUCGAAAUGAAUUUUUAAAAAUACGUCAAAAUUAUUCCCUUAAAAAGAAAACGACGAAAAAAAUAAAAGUUAAAAAUAAAUUUUUCAUAUAACAGUAAAAUAAAAAAUAUAAAAAUAAUAUAUUUAUAAAAAACAAUUAAAUUUUAACGAGUAUAUUAUCAAUAAAUUGAAAAUUAAUAAAAAAAAGAAGAAAAAAAAAAAUUUAAUGCUUAGUGGAGGUUAAUUAUUUGUGAUAUAUUAUAAUGCGAUCAGUAGUGAAUGUCGAAUUAAUUGGAAUUUAUGUACUUCGGAUUCUUUGUUGGUGUUGCGCUGAAGUAAUUGCUGGUGGUGGUGCAUUAGACGCUUCAUCUAGAUAUCAUACGAGGUCUAGUGAUGGAUCAAAUCAUAUUAGUUCAACAACAUUCUCGCCAACAUUUACUGAGGGUAUCGCUCAAGCUGUUGCACACGAUACCUUGCAGUCUCCUGCGGAUAAUUGCAAUGACGAUUUAGCAUGCAUUACAAUGGCAUCUCACGAUCGCUUAGGUUUAGAAGCUAUCAAAACACUACAUAGUCAAUUAGAUGAUGAUGCUGAUGGUGAUGUCGAUUUAUCAGAAUCUGAUGACUUUCUCAGGGAAGAACUGCAGUAUGAGGCUGGAUAUGAAAGACGUCAACGUGCUUUUCAUCACAAUGAUGAUAUGCAUAUUAGUGUUAGAGAAUUAUGGGAGGCUUGGUUGAGAUCUGAAGUUCAUAAUUGGACAAUUGAACAGACUUCCGAGUGGUUGACCACAAAUGUUGAGCUUCCACAAUAUGUGCCGAAUUUUAUACAGCAUCGUGUUACCGGAGCAACACUUCCUAGACUGGCUGUGAAUAAUAUGCACUAUCUUAAUAAUGUCUUGGGUAUCAAAGAUCCUAUUCACAAACAAAAAAUUGCACUGAAAGCUAUGGACGUGGUCUUGUUCGGACCACCUAAAGAUUCCGGCCAUAGUUUAAAAGAUCUGAUAUUAAUAACUUUAUUGUUUGGAGCGUUAAUCGGGUGUUGGUAUGCUUAUCAGCAAAAAAAAAGCUCGCAGAAGCAUUUAAGAAGAAUGAUGAAGGAUAUGGAAGGUCUUCACAAAGCCGAACUAGCGCUAGAAGAUUUACAGAAAGAACUUGAGAGAGCGAGAUUAGAACAAGAAAAUGCUACAACAGCCAAACAAAAUUUAGAGAAAAGACUUCAAGACGAAAGUAUGGGCUUACAUACGUCUUAUUCAGAUCUAGAAGUAUCACAAUUGAAAGCUGAAAUCGAAAUGCUGAAAAUGGAACUACAACGUGCAGAAGGAGAACUAGAAGAUCGCUGUUGGUCACCACCUGUUGGAUUACAACAUUGGUUACAAUUAACUCAUGAAAUUGAAAAUAAAUCUUACACUAAGAAAAAAAUAUCUGCGGAGAAACAAUUGCAACAAGCACGCGAAGCAUGUGAAAAAUUACGCAAAAAGCGAUCAAGUCUUGUCGGAGCAUUUGUAUCUACUCAUGGAAAAUCAAUUGAUGAAGUAGACAAAAGUAUCGUUGAAGCGAGAACAGCAUUAAAUGAAGUAACAGCUGAACUACAAGAACGAGUCCACCGUUGGAAACAAAUGGAACUCCUCUGUGGAUUUAAUAUAAUCAACAAUAACGGCCUUAAUUAUUUAGAAAAUAUUUUAUAUCGCGGAUCACAGAAUGGACGCAGUCUGGGAUUACGAGGACGAAUGAGUAGUAGCCAAGAUGAUUUAGAUGAUGACGGAGGUUCAUUGUAUGCACAAUCAGUUUCUGGUGCUGCAGGGACAUUAGAGAAUGUUGGUUGGAAGGAAUCAUCUUUACCUCCAGACUCAUCGAGUAGUGAAACAGGGAAAGAAACGCCGCCAGAAGUACAUUUUACAUUAGGUGACGAUGAUCCUGCAAUACAACCAUCAUCCAAAGCAUCAUUAACACGUGAUAAAUCAUCAUCAUCAAUGGUUCGGUCUUUUAGUCACGACGCAAAUAUGAUUAGCGAUGACACUAGAAAUAGCACAACAUCAUUGUCUAAAAUUUCACUUUCUGAUAAUUCACUAAUGGAUUCUUCGGAUAAAAAAACACGAAAAUAUUUACGUGAUUUGCCAACAGUUAUGUCCGUUGAUGAUGAAACAUUAUCAACUGACUCAAAUUCAACUGCUGAUAACGACGAAAUUAAACGACGGCGAAGAAAAUUGUUUCCCGCUUUCAGAAAGAAUAAAGGGAAAAAUACGUGAUUAUAAAAAAUAUGGAUAAAUUCAACAUAUUAAUAAUAGUUUAUAAUAAAAUCAAAGCUUCCGAUUGCAAUUAUAAUCGAUAUUUAAGAAUUUCUCAUACUGAACAUAAAUCAAAAACCACCCGAAUUUUUCAGAAAUUUAAUUGCCAGCAUUGAACAUUAAUAAUAAUUAUAUGUGUGAGGGAAUAAUUAAUUUAGAUUCAGUUAAAAGAAUGUGAAAUUAGCUUAUUACAAAUUAUUUAAAUUUAUACCGAGUUUUCCUGAUUAAAAACUCUGAUUGAAUCUGAAACUCAAUUUAUAUGAACGUCCAAUCAGAAUUGCUCGGAAGUAUUCUAAGUAUCCAAUUAAUCACAUUUUAAUCAAAUUUAAUCGUAAUAUAAUUAUGUUAAUUUUUCCAUUUUCUUUUUUCCAAUUAAAACUGAAUAGUUAAUCGGAAAUUUUUGAUUAAUUAGAUUAAUUAGAAUUUUCUAAUCGUAUUCAAUCAGAGUUUUUAGUCAGGGGUUUGUAGUUAACAUAAUUUUCGUUUGAAAACUAAAACAUUGAUCUGAAAAAAUAAGUUUUUCAUAAACUUUUUAAUACUACUUGAAGCCUUAUCAGAUUGAAAGUAUACAAUAUUUUUAUACAAUUUUUAAUUGUAUCAUAAAAAUGAAUGUUUAUUUUCUUACGUGACAAUAUUUAACUGUUAUAAUUAUAUAAGGCUUCAUAUAU